AUGGAGCAGAGAAAUGCCGCUUUCGCGAUCCACAGCAACGCCGACCGAUCCGGCCAUUCUGCAAAUAAUUGCUGGGAGAAACAGAACGAACAACGUUAUGCGGGAAAUAAAACUCGUGUAACUUGUCAAAUUUGCAACAACUUUGGACACAUUGCUAAAGAUUGUCGAUCAAAACUAAACCAGCAAACGGGAUCUAGGAAUUCUUUAUUCUGCCGCUAUUGCAAGGAGCAUGGUCAUCUUCUCGAAAAUUGUCAAUUACGCCAUGCCAGUAACUUUCGAAAAAAGGAAAAUAAUCAGGGAAACUACAACGGCCCCUCGACGUCGGGUGCACAGCAGGGGUCCGAACGAGAGCCGCACCCGUCCAAAACUCAG